AUGGAAGAAAUGUGUAUUUUGGUUGAUGAAAAUGAUAAUAAACUGGGAGCUGAUACUAAAAAAAAUUGUCAUCUUAUGGAAAAUAUUAAUAAAGGACUUCUUCAUCGUGCAUUUUCUGUUUUCCUUUUUAAUUCGGAGAAUAAAUUAUUAUUACAACAACGUUCCAAUAGUAAGAUUACAUUUCCAGAUUUAUGGACAAAUACUUGUUGUUCUCAUCCUUUAAAUACUCCACUUGAAUUGGAUGAAGAUAAUCAAAUUGGUGUUAUUCGUGCAGCUCAAAGAAAAUUACAACAUGAAUUGGGUAUUAAACCACAUCAGAUUCCUAUUGAUGAUUUCGUAUUUUUAACUAGAAUCCAUUAUUUGGCUCCAUCUGAUGGUAUCUGGGGUGAACAUGAAG